CAGCAGCGGUAUGUGAGAGACUACGGGAAGAGAAGAGACGGUGGACGUGAGGAUCGAGUGAACCACUGGGUGGCACAGACCUUUGGAGGACCGACGCCGUCUUCAUAAAGCCAGACGAUCUGCUGGAUUUGGAAACCUUUCUGUUGCGGUGACAGCUAAUUUAAUCCGAUACACCAUGUCUGGACAGAGCAUUACUGACAGGAUAACUGCUGCUCAGCACAGUGUCACCGGCUCGGCGAUCUCCAAAACUGUGUGCAAAGCGACCACGCAUGAAGUCAUGGGGCCGAAAAAGAAGCAUUUGGACUACUUGAUUCAGUGCACAAAUGAGAUGAAUGUGAACAUCCCUCAGCUGGCUGACACACUGUUUGAGAGGACCACCAACACCAGCUGGGUGGUUGUCUUCAAGUCCCUCACCACCACACACCAUCUGAUGGUCUACAGCAACGAGAGAUUUAUACAGUAUCUGGCCUCAAGGAACACGCUAUUCAACCUCAGCAAUUUCUUGGACAAAAGUGGCCUACAAGGCUACGAUAUGUCAACAUUCAUCAGACGGUAUAGCCGCUACCUGAACGAGAAGGCCGUGUCCUACAGACAAGUUGCUUUUGACUUCACUAAAGUGAAGCGAGGAUCUGAUGGAGUGAUGAGAACCAUGAACACAGAGAAACUCCUUAAAACCAUCCCUAUCAUCCAGAAUCAGAUGGAUGUGUUGCUAGAUUUCAAUGUCAACGCCAAUGAACUCACUAAUGGUGUGAUCAACGCGGCCUUCAUGCUUCUGUUCAAAGAUGCAAUCCGACUGUUUGCAGCCUACAAUGAGGGCAUAAUCAACCUCUUGGAGAAAUACUUUGACAUGAAGAAAAUCCAGUGUAAAGAAGGACUGGACAUCUACAAGAAAUUUCUUACGCGAAUGACAAGAAUCUCGGAGUUCCUCAAAGUAGCAGAACAAGUUGGAAUUGAUCGAGGGGACAUCCCAGAUCUGUCUCAGGCCCCCAGCAGCCUGUUGGAUGCCCUGGAGCAGCAUUUGGCCUCUUUAGAAGGAAAGAAAGUGAAAGACUCGACAGCAGCCAGCAGGGCUAGCACCCUUUCCAACGCUGUCUCCUCCCUGGCCAACACCGGCAUAUCUUUCACAAAAGUGGAUGAGAGGGAAAAACAGGCAGCCCUGGAAGAAGAGCAGGCUCGCCUAAAAGCACUGAAAGAGCAGCGUCUGAAAGAGCUCCAGAAGAAUCCUGCUGCUGUGACCACAGAUUCCUCCCCAGUCGCCACCGUGGACGGGACCAUAAACUCUGCCGCCGUCAUCAAUCUCUUCUCCACGCCCAGCUUCACCAACAGCUCCUCCAAAGCAGCCAACGACCUGCUGGACCUGCAGCCGGCUUUCCAGCAGCCACUGCCUCUCUCCAUCACCAACACAUGGGGAGACUCCUUCUGUGGGCCAAACCCUUACAACACCACUCCUCAGUUCCAGUCUGAACCCCCUGUCAUAGCUGGUCUAUUCAGAGGGUUUACAGCCUCCCCGACCUCCCAGCAGCCGCUCAACUCUCGAGGCCUUAACAUCGACUUUGACUCUGUCUUUGGCAACAACACCAACGCCAACAGCCUGGAUUCUACAGGUGGCAUCCUCAAACCUACAGUGGCAUCCUCACCAAAUCAGAGCAUGACUCCAAACGGCCAGCAGCCCCACAAACUGGUGUCCAAUGACCUGGACUCCUCACUUGCCAAUCUUGUUGGCAAUCUGGGAAUUGGGAACGGCACAGCAAAGAAUGAUCUUCACUGGAGUCAGCCUGGUGAGAAGAAGCUGACAGGUGGAACCAACUGGCAACCCAAAACUGCUCCUUCUACCACCUGGAACCCAGCAACCAUGGCACCAUCUGUCAUGGCUUUCCCUGCAACCACACCAACGGGCAUGAAUGCAUAUGCAAUGCCUCCCCACAUGGGCUCCAUGAUGAUGACACAGCCCACUAUGAUGUACGCCCAGCCUGUGAUGCGGCCGGCCAACCCCUUUGGGCCCAAUCCAGGUGCACAGUCACCAACAGCGUCUAGCCCUUCCAGUCUCAGCCCCCUCAGAGCACCAGGGAAGGACCCCUUUGCACAGCUCUUUCUGCAGAAUUUCUUAUAAAGCGUCUUUAGAUGCAGUUUAUGUAACCUGAGGGGGUCGACUAGCCGAGCAAACGGGCUGUUUGCUUCUAACGAACUCAUUUCUCUCUGAGAAUGAAAGGCCCAAAAAAAGGACUAGUUAAAUAAAAUCAUGGUGACUCGGAUCAGCUCUGGCCAUCCCAGAGAGGCAUCACAGUGGACAUUGUGCCCAUCUCGUCAUGUCCAAGUCAUAGAAGGAGAAGAAGAAGAGUUGUGUGGUGCCAUUUAAAACCAUGUGGACAAAGAUCAGCCCCCUACUGUAUCCUGGACUAAGAGAAACACGACACCCAAAGGCAGAGCUGUCUAACAUUACUGCUUUAAAUACCUGGAAAACAAAAGCAAAGCUGGUUUGUGUCACACAUGUUUGAAUUGUCUUUUCUUUUUCUUUUUUUUGUUCCUCUUUCUCCAGGUGAGGCUGGAAGAGUCACUUCUGAUUAUCAAUCAUGAUUUCCUUCUUAAAACAUCCUCAGAUUGAGAAACCAGUUUCAAGUUUAUGCCACACUUUUCCUUUUUCUUUUGAUGUAUUGUUUGCAGUAGACAUUCCUUAUGUAUUGUUUGUAUUUAUUUAUGAUUCCUUACAGAGAGGAUUACAUUAAAAAAAAAAAAAAAAGGAAAUGUAAGUAAGUCACUGACCUCCCCGCUGUGGAAGGUUUUCAGGUUUAUACAUACGAGUAUGAUUGAUUGUAGAAUUAGAUUUUGAGUGAUUGAGAUAAUUUUUAAGAAAGAAGUUAAUAUAAAGAGAAUUCAUGUUUUAUUCUCUGUACUCGCAUGAUGCCUUGUACAGUUAUCAGUGGCUCCACAGGUCACACCGAGGAUGUGUUUGAGCUUAAUAAUUCAGUAGCGCCGUCAAAACGAUGGGGCUUGGUUUCUAUGUAUGUGGUGAGGGGAACAUUUUUCACAUUCAUAAACGCACUACAUUUUGUGAUCAAGGCAGCAUCGCAUUAGGAAGGAAUCUGCAUUUAUGCUUUUGACGCUUUUGGCAUGCCAUUUAUUCUUACAUAUAACAAAGCUCCUGGCUGCCCUUCUCCAACCUCAACGUACAGGGGCCCUUUCAUGUUCAGAUCAUAUAUUCAUAGGCAAGUAUUUUGGUGUUUAGGACAAUGGGGGGGGCACUGGGUGUAUGUUUGUGUCAGACCUGUAACAGGGCUGAAGGGGCAGAGAGGCCUAGUUGAGCAGGAGAAUAGAGCGCUGUUGAUCGGUGCUUUGUGUACAUACAAGCUGAUUCUGCCAGUCACAGGAACGGAUGGGUGCAGGAAUGAAAGAUCGCCUGGACAUUAAAGUGGCCCUGAAUCCAUUAACUGAGCAUAUUUGCUGCAUUGUCCCUGCAGAUUAUAUUUUUGUUUGUUUAAUUUUUCCAAUAAAGUGCAAGCUUCCAAACGU